AUGUCUCCCUCGUUCUCAAAACUCUUCGUUGCUACCUCUUUGGUUGCUGCCAGUCUGACUGGAGCCUCUCCUCUGGAGCGUUUCCAGGAAAGAUCGGCCAAGAACAGCAGUAGGCCCAAGGUCAUCAUGGACAACGAUUGGAGCACUGCCGGAUUCAUUCCCUACCUUAUGGCCCUUGAUGCAGGAUGGGACGUUCUCGGUCUUGUUUCUGAUACUGCAAACUCGUGGGCACUGCAAUGUGGAUUACAUGCUCUUGCGACUCUUGAGGUCGGAAACCUAUCUUGCAUCCCUGUCCACAAGGGAGCAGAUUACCCUAUUCUUAAUACUCCUGAACUCUUCCAGACUUGGGAGAUGGUUCAUGGUAAACUAGCCUGGGAAGGAGCUUUUGCUCCAGAAAACUUGACCUACGAAGCACUGGGAAACGACCCAACUUCAGGCAACCCAACUCGCGUGUCAAAGGCAGCUUUCUUCGAAGGCUACCCCAACAUCACAUUCGCCUCCAAAGACGCAGCAUGGUUCAUGAUUGAGCAAGUUCGCAAGUACCCUGGUCAGGUCUCGAUCUACUCGGCUGGUGCUCUGACAAACGUUGCUCUUGCUGUUCGCAUGGAUCCUGACUUUGCCAAAAACGCAAAGGAGCUUAUCAUCAUGGGUGGCUACAUCGAUGAUAACCUUUUGCAAGUCACCGGCAGUGUGAUGCAAGCUGACUGGAGCUCCGAUAUCAACUUGAUGAUUGACCCUGAGGGUACCAAGAUCGCUCUUACCGCUCCUUUCCCCAACAUCACCAUCGCUGGCAACGUCGCCAACCAGGUCUCUGUCACCCAGGAGUACCUCGAUGAUAUCUACAAGGUCAAGAACCCUUAUUCUACUUUGAUGCACAAGUACUACGGCACCAUUUUCCCUCUUUGGGACGAGACCGCUGCCGCUAUUUUGCUGGACCCCACCAUCGUCAAGAACACCACAAGCUUCUACCUCGACGUCGACACUGCUCCUUCCAGCCCUAGCUACGGCAACAUUCACGCUUACCAGGAGGCUCUCAAGCCCAGUGCUCAGAACCUCCAGAAGGUCAACAUGGUCGUUUCCAUUGACGGCAACAGACUCAAGAAGUGGGUCAAGAGAGCUGUCCAGUAUCCCAAGACCUGUGCCGACCUUUAA